AUGAAUUUCUGGCAAAAUGCAGAUUAUGUGACCCUGCACACUAUCGGCCCAAACGAUCGUAGCUGGCCUGAGCCAGUCCGUAGUCUGAGUGACCGGCUGGAAGAACCCCUUCCCCGGUGGGUGUACCAGGGACCACAUCCUUGCGUAGCUCCCUUCGCACGAAGUCUCUCUGCUGAACUGCUUCAGAGACGCUCUCUUCUCUCUGGCACCACCGACUCUGAAUGCUAUGACGCUCCCGACGAUGAUCUUUCGCGUCUGUUUGACGCUGCCAUUUCUGCGACGGCAACGGCGAGGUCCCUGCUGCUGGCAGAAUCUGAGAGACCCUGCGCGUCCAACUCUAAAGAAUUUCUGCUGGCGGGUCUGGUUUCCCACGUUGUCACUCUAACUGCCCCUCAGGCUUUGGUACUGGAACGUCCAUCGUUUGUGCUCCCUCGACAUCCAAAAACGCUCUGGAAUCCUCUACGAAAAUACAUGAAGACUACGUCGACCGCUACCCUACUGGUUGGGUGUAUCCCCGAGGGCUUCCGUGCCCGACUGGGAGAAGGCGAAGAAGGCGAGACCACCACUAGCGGCGUCGACGAGAGUCCAUGCGACUUGAGGGAAUACCCACCACGUCGAAUGACAAUGGAGGAGUUUAUCAAUGGAAGAUACUACGACGACGAGUCGGAAUCGGACUCUUCUGACGGUGGCUCCGGCGACAAGACAAGCUGUGUGCCGGAUGAGGCUCCAAUGAAUGACUCAGACGAGAAGGACGAAGAUCCCUUUUUGGCCCUCCAUAUGCUCGCUACUCCUUCGCCCUGGGACACACCAGUAAUCCCUGCGAUCUGUAUGGCCGGACCAGGGGAAAUAUACGCCCUCAUGGCGAGCACACUUUACCAGCGCCGCGUGUGGCGUGUUCAAGAACCCUUGAUUGGCCUCAUGUUUCCUCCCACCGGGACCGCCGCGCAACUCAUCUUCGGAUGGCUAGAAGAUGAUGAAUCCAUCGAAGACGCUCUGCCGAGCGUGCAUCUUGCAUUUCAGGAUGCCACGCUCAACGCUUCGGCCCAGACGGUAUUUGAUAUCUGUGAUCCAGGCUCGACCCUCAAGUUAUGCCUGCUUUUGUCGAAUCUCACUCGGACCUACAUCGACCAUUUACGGCAGACGGCGUCUGAUAGCCUGGAUGGUGUCCUUGAAGGGGCAAAGAAGGGGCAUUCACUACGCUGGCGAUUGGAUCUGACGCGCGACGAGUCAGAAGACGAUGGUUGGCGCUCAACAGAAGGAAGGAUCACAGCGUGGGCACGCGAAGUCGCAAUCCUCAUGCAGGUACCCAAAAAUGCGUAA